AUGGCGCCAGUGCAGGACGACGCAGAAUACGGCUCGGAGGAGAGUGUACAAGAAGACUCUCCGGACUCAGCAGGUCGUGGCAUACCCCACAAGAGAUCUUCUUACAUGGAGGCAGCUUUGGUGCCCAAGUGUGCUAGCCCUGUGCUUUGCACAGAGAACAUGCCUGCCAGUAAGGUGGACAUCAAGAACAUGCUGACGGAGAUGAAGUCCUACUUCUCAAACUUCAUUAUGCUAGUCCGCCAAGGCAUGGGGACUCUAACUGCCAGACUGCAGUCCUUGGAUGACAAGGGGAGCAUCACCAGAGUAAAACAGGAAGACCUGUCUACUGACAUAGACUGGUUGAAGCAGAUCACCCUCACUAGGGAGGGCAAAAAGCUGUGCUGA